AUGGUUCAUACGGCAGAAUUUCUCGAAACUACUGAAUACUCAGUUAAAUCAGUACUACAAGGUGGAUACAACCACGCAUUAUCACGCGAAUGGCAACAAGAGAGACAACUUAUGAAAAACAUGUUUAUUUUCCCUCUUUUCGUCACUGACGACCCGGAUGAAGAAAGCGAUAUCCCUUCGUUGCCCAACAUUAAACGUUAUGGAAUCAACAAAUUAAUUCCUUAUGUUGAUUCUUUAGUGAAAAAGGGUUUGAGAGCAGUGAUCUUAUUUGGAGUUCCAUUGAAACCUGGUGUCAAAGACGAAAUGGGAACCGCGGCUGACGAUCCAGACGGACCGGUUAUUUCUAGUAUUAAGUUGUUGAAAUCAAAUUUCCCUGAUUUAUUCAUCAUGUGCGAUGUAUGCCUUUGUGAGUAUACAAGUCACGGACAUUGUGGGAUCUUAAACGAUGAUGGAUCUUUGAAACCGGAACCUUCAGUGAAACGUAUUGCUGCCGUUGCCGUCAACUAUGCUAAAGCCGGUGCCAACUGUGUUGCACCAUCCGAUAUGAUGGACGGUAGAAUUAAAGAUAUUAAAGCAGGAUUAAUCAAAGCCGGAUUGGCAAAUAGAUGUCUUGUUAUGUCAUAUGCAGCUAAAUUCCUGGGUAAUUUGUAUGGUCCAUUUAGAGAUGCUGCUGGAAGUGCGCCCAGUCAUGGUGAUAGAAAAGCGUACCAAUUACCACCAGCAGGGUCAGGGUUAGCAAGAAGAGCGUUAUUGAGAGAUAUGGAUGAAGGUGCCGAUGCAGUCAUUGUCAAGCCAUCCACUUUUUAUUUGGACAUUAUAAGCGAUGCUAGCAGAGUGUGUCGUGAUUACCCCAUUUGUGCUUAUCAUGUAAGUGGUGAAUAUGCCAUGUUGCAUGCGGCUGCAGAAAAGGGAAUCGUUGAUUUGAAGGGGAUUGCUUUUGAGGCUCAUCAAGGGUUUUUAAGAGCAGGUGCAAGGUUGAUUAUCAGUUACUUUACUCCUGAAUUUUUGGAAUGGUUACAGGUAUAG